UACUUGAUACGGUGCUCCAAGGUUGUUAAUUCUUGUUUUUAAUAAAUUUCGGUUUUAUUCGCAUCAUCAUAUUAAUUAGAAACUUAAACAAAUCUAAAAUUAAAACUAAUCGGUUUUAAUGCAGCGUCCCAAAAAGUUGACCUUUUCAAUAGACAAUAUCAAUUUAGUGCUUUUAUCGAUCUUUAUUGCGAAGCAGUGAUGUUGAAAUAGUUUCCGGAGUAGCUUUAAUUUUUAAAACGGGAGAUUGCUCGGCGAUUUAAUACGAACUGGGUUGCGACUCCAACUCUCACCUAUCCGUAGCAAGCCCAAAUGGCGAUGGCUUAGCCGUCAAACGAUAAGGUCACCGUGAGAGUAUGGCCAGAGUGCGGGUGAGAUGGAUUUGGAUGGUGGCGGCUGGACUAUGCGCUCUGGCCUCGUGCGAGGUUCAGCAACAAUGUCCUCCGCGAGAAGAAAUUUCACCGUGUUCCUGCUCUGUGAAAAAGAACGGAUUGGAUAUUCUGUGCGAAUUUACAGAUCAACAACACAUUAUGAACGCCAUGGCGGUGUUGAAAGGGAAGGCUUACAUAAUUUUCUAUUUGAAAUUGAGGCAUAACAACUUGAGGAAAUUACCCGGAUUUGUAUUUCUCGGGCUUGAUAUACGACAUCUGACUAUUCACAACAGUAGUCUCUCCGUCGUCGAAGAGGCAUCUCUGAGUUCGAUAGGAAAAAUGCUGACACAGCUGGACGUCUCCCAAAAUAGUCUAAGUGCUGUGCCAUCGACGGCGUACAAAAACCUCCAUCAACUGCUUAUCCUGAACAUGAAUCAUAACAAGAUUUCGAGUUUACAUCCCAAAGCGUUCGAAGGACUAGAUACGUUGGAAAUACUAACGCUGUACGAAAAUAAGAUAACUAACGUCGACCAAGAGGCCUUUGUUGGACUCGAAAAGAAACUAAAACGAUUGAAUUUAGGUGGUAAUGGUUUAACAGCAGUUCCACAAAAAGCUCUCGCCAUUCUGGACAUGUUAAAAAAACUAGAGAUGCAAGAGAACAAGAUUGGAGAAAUCCGAGAAGGUGAUUUCGAAGGUCUACGAAAUUUGGAUUCGUUGGGUUUAGCCCAUAAUAAACUACGAGUUGUGCCCGCUAGAGUUUUCUCUCAUUUAACCCUUCUCAACUCGCUCGAACUGGAGGGUAAUAACAUUGAAAAUAUCGAUCCCGAAGCAUUUUCUGGAUUGGAAGAAAAUUUACAAUACUUGAGGUUGGGCGACAAUAACAUCCACACAAUUCCAACGGAAGCCCUUAGAAGGUUGCACCGUUUACGGCAUUUGGACCUGAGAUCGAACAAUAUCACGUCGAUCGCUGAAGAUGCGUUCACAGGGUUCGGAGAUUCCAUCACAUUCCUCAAUUUACAGAAGAACGACAUUAAAAUAUUACCACCUCUCGCAUUCGAGAACUUGAACUCUUUAGAAACUCUCAAUUUACAAAAUAACAAACUCAUGCACAUCCCAGAGGAAGUGAUGGAACCUAUUGUUGAUACGCUUAAAGUUGUUGAUAUUACAGAUAAUCCCUUGGUGUGUGAAUGUGAAUUACAAUGGUUUAACAAUUGGUUAAAAACAUUAAAAGAUAAAGACGGUGAGAUGAUCGAAAAGAAACGUACCGUUUGUAUGAUGAGCCACGAACAUCGAGAAUACAGCUUACAAAAUCUCCCCUUAAAAAAAAUGAGUUGUGUAAUAAAAGCUUAUGAGGAUUCGAUGAGAAGCAAUUCAGCUUCUUCGGCGUUGAGGGUGGCCUCGAAAUUAUUUGUCGGGGUUUUAAUAGGGUUUAAUAGAUUUUUAUGUUAAAACAAUUUUAGUUAUAACACGAUUAUUGAAUAUACUUCUCGGUAGUUCACAUCGUGCAUCUGUGUAUCAUAACAUAUAUUUUGUAACGUUUAGCUAAAAAAUAAUUGUUAAGUAUAUUGUAUAAUUACUAAGUAGAUCCGUAAAGGAAGCUUGUUAUUUCAAAAAAUAAUUUGGUGCGAACCGAAAAGAACUGACACUAAAUUCAUUGAAAUUGAUUAAAAAAUGUCUCUUUACAGGGGAAAUUCGCUUACUGUUGUAAGGAAUACUAUUGUUUUUCAGCUGACCCAAGAAAAAUAUAAGGUUCUUAAAUAGGUUUAGAUAGUUUUGAGGCCGUCUCUAUAAGCUCUAUCGACGCGUAUGUGAUGUAGCAUCAUCAAAUGACACGCACACUGAGGUGUUAAAAAAUACCAGAAACAUAUCAGCUCAUUCCUUCCCUACUAUUGCUUAAUUAAAAUAAAAACUUGUGCAAGCAAGUUAAAAAAUAGAUAUCAAGAAAAUUCACUUUGUAACGUGUAAUAAUUGAAUGUCCCAGUUGUUAUUAAAGUAAUUAUAUCUAUUAUAUGUGUAGGUUGCUCUAUUCUCUUCUUGCUCUUUCUAUCUCUUGAUGUUUCUUCUCAAAAAUAAGAACGUUGUCAACUACAAAAAAAUUAAAAUUUGUUUAUUAAUUUUUGUUAAAUUCGCACGUUUUCGGUACAAAGAUUGGGACAUGGCCUAUUAACAUAUCAUGUACUAUACCAAAAUGAAACAAAUACCACAGUCAUAUCAAGAAUGUGCCGCAAUAAUUUGUAAGGAGUCCAAAAUAAGAAUACCUCUAAACUAUCCUAUGGGACAGCAGAAUUAAAACUUAUUUCUGCAUAGGGUGGCAAAGAAAAUAUUCUUGUUAUUGGAUAAUUAAAAAAUUUGCAUGCUAAUAAGUGUAUAUGGCUUAACAGCUAAAAUAUUGUAUUAAAAAUUAGUAAUAUUAAAGUCUACAUAAAUAAAAGUAGAAUUAAAAUGAUGAGAGUAUAAAACUUUAGUAAUUGUAUACUUAGAAAAAAAGAUUCAGACAUUGCACACCGAAUAUUUUAAAAAGGCUAAAAAGAAAUUAAAAAAUAAAAAGAGCUAUACACGUACCUAAAAUUUAGCUCUAGUACAACAAUGAUGGAACUUCGUAAAUUGAAUGGUACAUUAAAAGAAAAAAAAAAGACAAAUUAAAAACUUAAAACAUAUCAAAGAGCUAAAAAGUUAGAAUUUCGUUUGGCGUUCUUAAAACUAACCAGAAACUAAGACAUAUCUGCAAAAUAUCUGCGAUAUCGUAGAAUUAGUGUUCUAUGAAAAUUUAUGACAAAAAAAAAAUACAAGUAUUGAAAAAUUAUCUUGAAUAAUCUAUUAAAUAAUGAUGUAUUCGUGCAAUUUGUAUUAAGUAAAUAAGAACAAGAAACUAAAAACUAGAUGAAGUAUUUUUAUGGCAAUGUUUUUGGCGCCUCCAAACACUACUUUUGGGCGGUUUGCUAGACCAUUUCGAGACAUAUCGGCCCGCGACGCAGACCGAUCUUCGUCCUGAAACGCCAAAAUGUAUUUUUCUAAACUGUCAUCCAUCAAGUAAAAAAUAGCAAAAAUGUCAGGUCGUUAUCGAGUUUCAGGACAAAGGGUUAGAUCCGGGCAAAAUUUUUUACAACUUUACCAAGUAAUCAGAUGUUUAUGUAUACUCUAUUUGUAAUAAUUAUGGUGUAAGCACUCAUUAAAAUACCGUGUGUACUAAAUGUGAAACGUUCAAAAACAAAAAUCUAACAACUACAAUUCGGAAAAAAAUUUUCGAUCGGUAAAUAACUCUAUAUUGGUUGUUGUAUUUUCAGUGUAAUGACGUAAACAAUGUACUCGAGUUACAGAGGUGUUAUUCAAUGUUUUUAAUGAAACCCGAAUGUAAUAUUCUGUGUAUAUGUCAGAAAUAAAGAUUUAUGCUAAAACCUA